GAUUGCUGAAGCUCUGCUGCCUUCUGUUUGGUGGAACAUCAGGGAACUCCUUCUUCUGCACGGAAGCGCCCACUCUGGCGCACCACAAGCUGAGACGGGACUUUCCGGAGCCGGGUGACUGCGUUUAUGCUGGACGAGUGGAUGGCCAGGAGAAUGGCUGCGACGGCGCAACUGAGGGCUUGUUCGUGACCCGCCCCACAGAGACUGCGGGCAUCUUCUCCGUGACCGCCAUGUUCCUUUUUCCUCAGCCUCGGUGGAAGAUAGCUGCUUGGGCUUGGCCUCACAUCUUACGCCUGGCUCACUUGGGGGAGAAGUGCAUCAAGUGGCUGUUGAAUCGACCAGGCAUUGCUGAGCUUCGAGAGCUCGAUGCGCAGCACUACAUUGUCCUUGCCGUCUCGUGCACCAAGAGGGGGCCGCCUCUCCUUCCCGCCAACUGCGCGAACGGCGAUUGCGUCAAGGAUCCGACAGUGAUUGCCAUCCAGGCCGGCGAGGCUUCAGGCUUCUCGAAGUGGUGCCGCUUUGAAGGAUUGGGGAAGCAGAAGUUCAACCUUGCACAGUACCUCCGGGACUUCAUGGCCUGCAUGGGCCACAAGCUCGCAACGUACAGCGAAAUGGAUGGCCGGCCUCUGGUGUACUACCAGUGCGCAGUCCGCCGAACCGAUUGGGAGCGGGUCCGGGAGCAAUUUCACGAG